CGCCAGCAUUCACCUCCAACUUGCGCCGCGAAAGUUCUUCCCAAGCUAUAUUUCCUCUCUCCCAGCUCACUCUUGAGCUUCUCAGCUUCUUGUGCGCCAUUUCUCCCUCUCCUCUUCUUGAUCUUCCCGUCACUCGUUGCAUCCGCAGAGAACGCGCAUCGCCCAUCUAAGAAAAGUGAACAAUAUUGCAUCUCUCAGGCCCCUUAAAAUCCUUCAACCUAGCACGUCUUUUGCUGUAUCGGGUACGCGGCGCAUCUACAUCGUCGCUGACAAGAUCGCUUCAGCAUGUCGCUAUUCGGAAAUACUGGUGGAGCGCAGCAACAGGGCGGUGGAUUAUUCGGUGGACUUGGACAAGCCAAACCUGCGCAAACGGGAGGAUUAUUUGGUGGAUUAGGGGCAAGUACUCAGCAGCCUCAACAGCAGCAGCAAGGGGGAGGGUUGUUUGGAGGCCUGGGAAAUAAUACUCAGCAACAACCACAACAGCAAGCUCCAACCGGGGGGCUCUUUGGGAACAGUACUCAGCAGCAACAGCAGCAGCAAGGAGGAGGAUUGUUUGGCAAUUUGGGUCAAAAUAAUCAACAACAAAAUCAGCAGCCUCAACAGCAGGCGCAGACGGGAGGUCUGUUUGGCAGCUUGGGAAACGUUCAACCGGGUCAACAGCCACAAGGGAGUGGAUUAUUCGGACAACAACCACAGAACAACCUUGGUAAUUCGUUAUGGCAACCGGACAGUGGCAUCAAAUCCCGUUAGUUAAUUAUACUGCGUUCUAAAUCUGUCGCUAACAUGUUUUUCAGGAGAAAAGAGCGUACCAGAACAAAUCGGCACCAUCCUUUCCAAAUGGGACGUCUCCAGUCGGGAUUGCGCUUUCCAGCAUUACUUUUAUAAUAAGGUGGAUGAUAAUAUGGUUCCAUUCUACCAAGCUGGACCCAACGAAGACCCGAAGGCAUGGGAUGAGGCUCUCUCAAAGAAACCUGGACCUGGUUUCAUUCCAGUAUUGUGCGUAGGAUUUUCUCAAUUGGGCGAGAGGAUAAAAAACCAGCAAAACAACUUGAGCUCCUUUAAUCGACGACUUCACGAAAUUAACAAUGCCCUCUCCUUAAUGUUACAAAACCACGAUACGAAAACUAGCAUACGCGCCAUGGAUGCUAGACGAAAGCACAUGGUCCUCAAGCAGAGAUGUCUUGCUUUGGCCACUAAAGUUCAAGUUUUGAAAAACCGAGGUUAUGCAAUGGGAGGAGACGAGGAAGAUUUGAAGACGAAAUUACAGGCGCUGGAGAGAAGCAUUAGUGAUCCGGGACUUGGCGCAAGAGGAGAAGAAAUAUGGGCUCGAAUGCUCACUGUUCAAGAGCGGGCCAAGCUAUUGAAAGCUGAGAUAGAAAAGAGUGGUGUAGACAGUCCGGAGGGGUUGGACGAAGAGAGAACCCGGCAAGGUAAAAAGGUACGUUUGUCUUAUUCUAGGCUGUGAGAAAAGCAUUUACUAACCCGUUCUUAGAUUCUUGAAGAUUACCAGACUCAGCUUGACCACAUGAAGAAGGAAUUAGAGGCAUGCCACAAGGAUUACGUCGAAUGGGAAAAGGAGAAUGGUCCACCACCACGAAAAAUCAACCCUCGAGACGAGAAGGCGGAUGAGAGGGAUAAGACAGCAUACAUGAGACACAAGAUGAGCACGAAUUCUGCAGUGUAUACUGCAUAUUCAUGAGAUUUCAUGUACGAUAUAGGGAGGUAAUGACGAUCGGAUUGGAUCAGAAAAGGAGAUGUCACACGUGACCUAGUUAAU